GGCCACGCUAAUCCUCCUCUGUCUUCGAUACACCUUUGUCUCGCUGCGCCCCCUCCUUUGGUCUGCUUGAAAUACUGAAAGCACAGCGCUGAACCUGUGUCUCUUAACGACGACCCGAAAAUUAGUUCACGCACGUUUUCGCAUCUGGCUUUACUAGCAAACCACCGAUGAACAACGCGUCUCGCCAUGAUCAGGCAGCUCUGCUGCCACCAUUGUUCAAACUAGGACAAGCAGAUGGAUUCUUUAGCUCUGGACGCACGAUGUCAGUCGACUUUUCUCCUCGAGAUAACUCCAUGGCCUUGUACGCAACACCGACAGGGGAUCCUCAAAGCUCGCGCGGAAAAGGCUCUGUUACAGCCUCUGAUACAUCCAUAUACAUUGCUAGAGCAGACCGCCCGCCCGCUCAUGAGAGGAGACUUUUCAUCGUGGAAACCUUCAGGGCAUUCGGCCCCGUGCAGGAUCUGACGUCGUCGCCGCCUGAAGUAGCGGAGAAAAUACUGGCCGAGGUUGAGCCUGCGGAAGCCCUAAAAAAACUUGCCAUUGACUACGUCAACUUCUGCGCCGAAUGCACCGCGUAUAGCUACGGUCCCAAGGGUCGAGAAGGGCUGCUCCAAUAUCCGGCUGAUCACUACGAAAGUCUGUAUGCGACUAUGGACCUUUUUCAGCUACUAUAUCUUCCCGGCGCGAAUUGGCAGGACGUCCCGAUUGGAGAGCCGCUGUUGGAGUGGCUCAACAAACAUUAUAUAGACCCCAGCCCGAUUGGCGGCGACCACUUGUGCAAUCUAGAACGGCCAUGGGAAGAUGACGAGUACUGGCCCUAUCUCACGAGAGCCGUGCUGAGAGGACUUACCGAAACGUGCACCAUCUUCCUUGAUCGGCUCCAAAGUCAUCCACUCUUUGCAUUGCGCGAGCUGGCAGCUCUUCUUAGCAGGCUGCUCAACGAGCGCCCGCGCAUGUUGAAGAGUGCUACAGACAAAGAAUUCAUAAUAAACACCCGGCGGUGGAAGCACAGGUUCCAGGAGCUCCGCAUCAAGCUCGGCCGUGUCGCAGAGCAGGACCGCGAUGAUGGCUUCGACAACUGGUGGGAGCGCCUCAACGAGAUUACGGGCGUCCUCGAAGGUCGUCAGCAGGUGAUGAAGAGGGUAUGCUCGAAUUUGGGACUUGACUGGAAGGAGCGCGUGAUUCUGUAUUGCAUUCACGUGAACCCUCGCUUGCAUAGGGAUACUCUUCAGACACUCACGGCGCAGAUCUUGGAGGAAGCACCUUGCAAUGCUUCAGACCCGUUGGAUGUGGUCCUCUCAUCGCUUUUCCUUGUAGAGACAACAGAAGCGUUGUCUGCUGCGGCGCGGGUGGACAUAUGGCUCGCGGCACAUCUCGCGGAUUUGAUGGAGGCGGGACAAGCCAUUCGACCUGAACGCGACGACUCGGGACUAACAUUGCGCGAACACUAUCUCAUCGCGUACGCCGAGUAUCUGCGCGCCAACCCUGAGCUAUGGCGGAUCACUGUCAAAUACUUAUGCGCAUGCGGAGAGGUAGGUAAGCGGAUGGCAGACGAGGUGCUGCUCCGCGUGCCUUUCAAGGUGGAAGUCCAUGAGCCCACGAACGAAGACGACGAAAGCGUUCAGAGCCCACUGCUUCGGGAGCUCAACAAAACGUGCUUUGAACUUGGCCGAGAGGAAACCAGGCGGAUGAUCUGCAAGGUGGCAGCGCAGCAAGUCAUGCAGCAGCGGCAAUACGGUAUGGCAGCGACGUACAGCGUACUGGCAGAGGACUGGGAGGGACUGGGACGCAAUAUUGAUUGCAUGCUUAUGGAGUACUUCGAGCGAGGUCCUGAGGAGUAUGUGCGGCUCGCGAAGCAGAUUGCGCCGUCAUUGCUAAAAAUAGAGCCGGACGCCACAAACGCCAUCUUUCUCCGUCGCGUACACUUCGCACUGUGGUAUGCCGACUUCCACGAUCAGAGAAUGAAGGGCGACCUUGCGGGUGCUGCUUCCGACUUACUCCAUAUGUUCCGUCGGGACAUUGCACCGAUAUCGUGGUGGGCUGUGCUCCUGUCCGAUGCCGCGGAGCUGCUCCAGAGCGGAACAACGAUGACGUUCCAAACCAAUGAGGCCUCAUUACUGCUCCGAAUCUUGUCAGAGGUGACCAAUCGCUCGGAGCAAGACGCAGCAGAUGAUUAUCUGCCUCUGUUGGCGAAGACGACGCAAGGCGGCGACUACCCUUCCGCACUGCAGCGCCUGCAGAUCGUGCGGCUGAUUCUGCAUAAGUACUAUGCAAAGUGCAGCUUGGCUGGUACGGGAAAAAGGACAGCUGUUCCUAUGAUGUACUGAACAGUAUCUGGAUGGUAUUUAUUUGUAGUGAGUAGGUAGUGCUAAUGCGAGUUCCGGCUCUUGCAUUGUCACAUUAUCAGAAUACUCGUCGACUCCUAACCCUCUGCACUGUGGCCAGGCUUCUUGCAAUUACGCGGAUGUGAGACUCUCGGAGGCUGCGUCGGACGGAUGUUGCACUUGAACGGGUAUCAAAUCUCGAACGAACCCAAUCUAGAUACGGUCGUUGGGCUUAUGUGUGGGCGAAAGGCCUAGCCAUACAGAAACGUUCUCAAUUCAGCUUCGAUUCUGC